UUUCGCGGCAUGUAAGCAUCGUUGCGACUUUCGAGCCAGGGGCUAAGUACCAAAAGAGGCGAAUUAGGUUUUUUAGGGUUUCUCCUUUUCUCAGGCCGGGAAAAGAAAUACUCUCUUCGCUUCCUCUCUAGGUUAAUUAACAAUGACGAAGCGCACCAAGAAGGCUGGAAUUGUUGGAAAAUAUGGCACAAGGUAUGGUGCAAGUCUGAGGAAACAGAUUAAGAAGAUGGAAGUGAGCCAGCAUGCGAAGUAUUUCUGCGAGUUUUGUGGCAAGUAUGCCGUGAAGAGGAAAGCUGUUGGAAUCUGGGGUUGCAAGGAUUGUGGUAAAGUCAAAGCUGGUGGUGCUUACACAUUGAACACUGCCAGUGCAGUCACUGUUAGGAGCACCAUUCGAAGAUUAAGGGAGCAGACAGAAGGGUGAAAGUUUAUUUUCACUUGAAUCUCAGUUUUGUUAUUGUAGUGUUGUUGAUGACUUCCUGUGUUAAACUUGCCACUCAGGAGGCAGAAUUCUAGGAGGUUUCCUUUUUCGGUUUUGGUAGACAAUUUUUUUGAGUUUAUGGUAAAGACCAGAUGACAUGUCAAACGGUGUGUUGCAAAGGGCUUUGUGCUCAUUCUCAUUCC